UUCCUUCUAAGCAGAAGCAAAAACAAAAAUGGCAGGAGGAGCUUUUGUGUCAGAAGGAGGAAGUGGUGGAAGAGAUUAUGAAGGAGGAGUCACAGUUUUCGUUGUCAUAACAUGUAUGGUUGCGGCCAUGGGAGGUCUCCUCUUUGGUUAUGACCUUGGAAUCUCAGGAGGUGUGACAUCAAUGGAUGAGUUUCUUAGCAAGUUCUUCCCACAAUUAGAGAAGCAGAGGGUAAAGGCGAAGCACGAGACGGCUUACUGCAAAUUUGAUGACCAAAAGCUCCAAUUGUUUACUUCUUCUCUCUACUUAGCAGCUUUGGUAGCUUCCUUUGUGGCUUCGGUUGUUACUAGGAAGUAUGGACGAAAGGUUUCCAUGUUUACCGGUGGACUUGCUUUCCUCACCGGUGCACUAAUCAACGCCUUUGCCAUUAAUGUCACAAUGCUCAUCAUCGGUAGACUUUUGCUCGGUGUAGGUGUGGGAUUUGCUAAUCAGUCUACUCCGGUUUACCUCUCGGAAAUGGCUCCAGCAAAGAUAAGAGGAGCGCUAAACAUUUGUUUCCAGGUGGCUAUUACGUCUGGAAUCUUGGUGGCGAAUCUGAUCAACUAUGGAACAUCUAAUAUGGCUAAAAAUGGGUGGAGGGUUUCUUUAGGUUUAGCAGCUGUUCCAGCAAUUCUUAUGGUGAUCGGAUCAUUCUUUUUGCCCGAUACACCAAACUCAAUGCUUGAGAGAGGAAAAUACGAGGAAGCAAAACAAAUGUUGAAGAAAGUACGAGGAACAGAAAACGUUGACCAUGAGUUUCAAGAUAUACGCGAUGCAUGUGAAGCUGCUAAAAAGGUAGAACAUCCAUGGAAAAACAUCAGGCAGAGCAAAUACAGACCAGCUUUAGUCUUCUGCUCGGCCAUUCCCUUUUUCCAGCAGAUUACUGGAAUUAAUGUCAUUAUGUUCUAUGCUCCUGUUCUCUUCAAGACUCUUGGUUUUGGAGAUGAUGCUGCUCUUAUGUCGGCUGUAAUAACCGGUGUAGUUAACGUGCUCGCGACCUUUGUCUCCCUUUACUCGGUUGAUAGAUUUGGAAGAAGGUUUCUUUUCCUUGAAGGUGGCAUUCAAAUGUUCAUAUGUCAGAUUCUUGUUGGUUCAUUUAUCGGUUUAAAAUUCGGAACCACGGGAACCGGAACCUUGACACCAGCAACAGCAGACUGGAUUCUUGUUUUCAUAUGUGUGUACGUUGCUGGAUUUGCAUGGUCAUGGGGUCCAUUGGGUUGGUUAGUACCCAGUGAGAUCUGUCCAUUGGAAAUCAGACCAGCGGGACAAGCCAUCAACGUCUCAGUCAACAUGUUCUUCACUUUCCUCAUCGGUCAAUUCUUCUUGACAAUGCUUUGUCACAUGAAGUUUGGUCUCUUCUACUUCUUCGCAGGCAUGGUUGCCAUCAUGACCAUCUUCAUCUACUUUUUGUUUCCGGAGACCAGAGGUGUUCCCAUUGAAGAGAUGGGAAGAGUUUGGAAGCAACAUUGGUUCUGGAAAAAUUACAUUCCAGAUGAUGCAGUUAUUGGUGGAAAUGAUGAAAACUAAACCAAGCGGUAUUGGUUUGGGCAUAUAUGUUUCUCAAUUCGGGUUGUUGCGCUAGCCUUAAUUUUUAUUACAUCAUUUCCUCCACUAAUUUUACUCUCAUUUUCUCUACGCUCGUUUUUCCCAAUCACACUCUAUAUGUUUAUGGUUUAGGAUUCCUAGAACUUGAAUACUAAAAAUGAAACCACAAAUCAAAAUCCUAUUAAAUAUACCCUAAACAGUAUUCCAUAAAAGAUAAAUCUAAACCCUAAGCUCUAGACCCUAACAGAAUAUUCAGUAAACCCUAGACCAUAAACAUAAUUAAGAAAGCAUAAACUCAAACACUAUCAUGAAUCCUAAACCCAAAGAAAUAAUCCCUAAACCUUAUACUCAAACAAGAUAAUUAUGCAGUUAUAUAUCCGACUAAUAUAAUAUGUAGAGGUUAGAAUAUAACAUUUCAAAGUAAAUAUACUUUAAUAGCCAUAUUAUUAUCAAAUGACUGGUGGUAUAAAAUCAUAAACUUUAAAUCCUAAACUCUUAGCAAUAUACCAUAACUCUCGAAAGAAAAAUUAUAAAACUCUAACCGUAAAUCAGAAAUUAUAAACUCUAAAUCCACAACAAUAAUCCAUAGGCCCUAAACCGCUAAUUUCAUAGCUUACUGGUUUUUGUUUUGGAUUUGUUUAUAUAUUUCAGUAAGAUUAAGUACAAGUUGAUAUAUGUUGUUUUGAGAAUCAAAUAAAAAUAAACUAAAGUAUUGAUCGAUUUAAAAUUACAAAAAUAAACAUAUACAUAAUAUUAUAAAAUUAUUAUAUAUAUAUAUAUAUAUAUAUUCAUUUUACAAAUGACCUUAAUUGUAACAGUUUUUAAUAUUUCAAUUUCAGUUAUAUAAGUUUGAGCCAUUCCAUAAUUUAUAUGUAUAAAAAUAAAUAAAAUAUAAUUAUAAAUAAUAAUAUUUUCUUAUCUUUAAUAAAUUUUUAUUUUGUGUAAAAAUUUCUGAUUGUUCCGGCUACUCAUUUUUGUGGGUUAUAUUGAAAUCAUAUAUUUCUUCAGAUUGAAGUAUAAUAUAUUGAUUUUAGUUCAGAAAAAAUUGAUUAUUUUUAUUCAUUGCAUUAGUUGAGUUCUUCAUCUUAACUAUGUAAACUAUAUUUUUGUAAUUGUUUUAUGUAUAAUUUGAUGUAUAUUUGUAGAAAAAUAUAAAAAACUAGAGUGAUGAUAAAUACAAAGUUUCAUAAACGAAUAUAACCGAUAAAAUUUUGAAAGAUUAUGUAUGAAUAAAUAAAAACAUUUACAAAUAAUUAAAGAGAGAAUUAGCUCAAUAUACAUAAAUGGGUCAAAAUUAGCAAUCUACACAUGAUUUGACAUAUGUGUAGAUUGCUUUACAUUUCUUAUCUUAGAUUUCCGAAAUUACCCUUCUUCACACUCUCUUUCCUCUUACACAUUCUUAUACAUUUUUACAUUAUCUAUCCUCUUACACAUUCUUACACUUUUUCUUCUUACAUUAUCUUUCCUCCUAUACUUUCACAUUCACUUUACUCUUAUAUUUCACAUUCACUUUAUUAGUCUCACUUUAUAAAAACUACGAGCAUAUGAAAAAUAAUAUAUUUGGGGAUCUUCCAAACUGUCUAACAAUAACGACAACACGUAAAAGUUUCAGCUAAUGUAAUUGGUAACCGCUAAGAUAUAGUGUUAUAUAUGAUCUAACACAACAUGUACCGGAGAACAAAUAUAUAUCAGCUACCAUUACAUAUACCAACUAACAAACCAUCUAUUAAUUUUUUUAUACCAAAUUAUAUAUGAAGUAACAUAACAUAUACCAGGUAACAAAUAUUUUAUCAGAUAACAACAAGUCUAUGUAGCAGGUAACAAAUAUUUUAUCAGAUAACAACAAGUCUAUGUAUCAUGUAACAAAAUAAUUUAUCAGAUAACAAACAAUUUAUCAAAAAAUGUAUCACCUUGCAAAUUAUGUAUCUACCAAUUUAUUAAGUAACAAACCAUAUAUGAAACAAUGUAUAAUUCGACAAACCAAAUUAAGUAGAAAUUAGUAACAAAUAUUUUAUAACAUCUUACUUACUUCAAAAAUAUAUUCAUAAUCUUCCCAAAUUUAAUUAAACUUAUAAUUUGAAAAUUAUUAAUCAAAAUUUAAAAUAUCCAUAAUCUUCUCAAAAUUUAAUUUAACUCAUAAUUUGAAAUCAUUAACAAAAAGGCGUUUAGGGAACAUAAUCUAGGAACAACAUAAAUUAUAUGAUUAAUAAUUUGAAAAUUGUUAAUCAGAUUUGAAAAUAUUCAUAAUCUUCUAAAAAGUUAAUUAAACUCAUAAUUUAAAAUUAUUAAUUAGUAGCAGUUUAGAGAACAUAAGGUAGGAACAACAUAAAUUAUAAGAUUAUGUCUUAUCAAACGGUCACCAUCAAUGCAUAAACUCGUUUCUAUUAGAGUUAAUAAUCGCUUCACGUCCACGAGACUGAUAACGGUUUCAGCUGUGCAGAGUAGAGUCUAGGGGUAUUAUGGUCUUGAAAUUAUUAACCAGAAGACAUAGGUAUUUUGCCAAUAUAGAUGUUUAAUAGGGAUACAAACACCAAUUAACUCAUAAUUAAAAUAUAUUUUUGUAAAUUUUAAAAUAAUUUUAUAUUUUUUAUGUAUAAACUGAAGUUGAAAAUAUUGUAAAUAGUUUAAACAUAAAAAUCAUAUUGGUUUAUAUAUUAUUAUUAUAAGUCUAUUAAGUUAUACACAUAUAUAAGAAAAUUAUAAACCAAAAACAAUAAAACAUUAAUUAAGUUUUGGUGGUAUAUUAUAUUUGAUUUAGAUUUUAGAUUUUUAUAUUUAUGUAGUUUGAUAAACAAUUAUAUAUAAAUCUCCUUAAAAAAUAAAAAAACAAAUUGAAGUAAAAAUGACUAAAUCAUCUCAAUAAUUAUAAUAAUAAAUAUUUUAAUUCAUCAAAGAUAUCUUGUUUUUUGUAAACUUUUUUUUUGUGAAAUCACAUUAUAAAUAUAAUAUAUUUUCAUACUCAUAUUUAAAAAACAAUUUCCUAAAAUAUUUUUUUUCCUUUUGUAAAUAUAUUUUUCAUUAUUUAUUUUAUAAAUAUCUUCGUUUUAUUAUAUAUGUUAUUAGGAAAAUUAUAGAAAACAAUUUUAAAACUAAAAUUAUAACUGACCCAAAUUAUUAAAUAAUUUUUAAUAAAGUCAAUUAGAUAUAAUAUUAAAAAUUAAUUAAGGGUACCUCAUUAAAUAAUCAUCGUAAGAAUUAGCGUGAUCGCCAACACGUAGGAAACUCACUUAUCAAAUAAUAUUAUUAUAAUUUUAAAAAAUUAAUAUUAAAAUAAUAUAUGUUUAUCUCAAAAUAUAUUUAGAUAAAUACCAUAUAAUAGCAAUGAAAAGUUUUAUCA